AUGGAUUUUCAGCGGUGGAAUCCGACGGCGGAGGAUGAAUCGCCGGUGCCGAUCGCGGAGCGGCGAAUCCAAAUGCUGUAUUUGCACCUCUCCCCCACCGUGUCGCGUCCGCUACGGCCGCUGGAGAUGGCGGAAUGCUCGGCGAGGACGAGGAAGCUCGAGGUCAACGGCGAGGCGUUGUCGCUGUACAUGAGGGGGAAACACAGAGAUAUACAGGAGAAAGUGUUCGAAUUCUUCAAUUCGCGACCGGAUUUGCAGACGCCGAUCGAGAUCUCGAAAGACGAACAUCGCGAACUCUGUAUGAAGCAGCUUUUAGGGCUUGUGCGAGACGCUGGAAUUCGGCCGUUUAGGUACGUGGCCGAUGAUCCGUCUAAGUAUUUCGCUAUCAUGGAGGCUGUUGGAAGUGUGGACAUGUCGCUUGGGAUCAAGAUGGGCGUACAGUUCAGUCUAUGGGGGGGAUCUGUGAUCAACUUGGGAACAAAGAAGCACAAAGACAAGUACUUUGAUGGUAUUGACAACCUCGACUACCCUGGUUGCUUUGCCAUGACUGAACUCCACCAUGGUUCGAAUGUUCAAGGCCUGCAAACCACGGCAACAUUUGAUCCCAUUAAAGACGAAUUCAUAAUCGAUACUCCCAAUGAUGGAGCCAUCAAAUGGUGGAUUGGCAAUGCUGCAGUUCAUGGAAAGUUUGCCACUGUUUUUGCCAAGCUCAUCCUACCAACUCAUGAUUCCAAAGGAACAUCCGAUAUGGGUGUUCAUGCCUUCAUUGUACCGAUAAGAGAUAUGAGGACCCACCAAACUCUCCCAGGCGUUGAAAUUCAUGAUUGCGGCCAUAAAAUCGGCCUGAAUGGAGUGGAUAAUGGCGCAUUGAGAUUCUGUUCUGUGAGGGUACCCCGGGAUAAUCUUCUCAACCGAUUUGGAGAUGUGUCCAGAGAUGGGAGAUAUACAAGUAGCCUUCCAACUAUCAACAAAAGGUUCGGGGCUACAUUAGGUGAACUUGUAGGUGGCCGUGUUGGCUUGGCUUAUGCAUCUGUUGGUGUCCUUAAGAUUGCUGCCACUAUCGCCAUCCGAUAUUCGCUGCUUAGGCAGCAAUUCGGUCCCCCGAGGGAACCAGAGGUCAGCAUUCUUGAUUAUCAAUCUCAACAACACAAGCUCAUGCCAAUGCUGGCCUCGACCUAUGCAUACCAUUUCGCCACUUUGUACCUCGUGGAGAAAUAUUCAGAAAUGAAGAAGACACACGACGAGCAACUAGUUGCUGAUGUCCAUGCUCUCUCGGCUGGACUGAAAUCAUAUGUGACGUCUUACACGGCGAAGUCGCUGUCUGUAUGCAGAGAGGCAUGCGGAGGACAUGGGUAUGCAGCUGUGAACCGAUUUGGUGGGUUGAGAAACGAUCACGACAUUUUCCAGACGUUUGAAGGAGACAACACCGUGCUUCUGCAGCAGGUGGCAGCCGAUCUACUGAAGAGAUACAAGGAGAAGUUCCAAGGGGGGACGCUGACAGUUACAUGGAACUACUUGAGAGAAUCGAUGAACACGUACUUGUCUCAGCCAAACCCCGUGACCGCACGUUGGGAAGGCGAAGACCAUUUAAGAGAUCCUAAAUUCCAACUGGAUGCUUUCAGGUACCGAACAUCGAGACUGUUACAAAGCGUAGCUGUGAGACUGAGGAAGCACACAAAGGCAUUAGGUGGAUUCGGUGCAUGGAACAGAUGCCUUAACCAUCUCCUUACCCUUGCAGAAUCUCAUAUCGAAUCUGUCAUCCUCGCAAAAUUCAUCGAUGCUGUUCAAAACUGCCCCGACCAGAAGGCGAGAGCAGCUUUGAAACUUUGUUGCGAUCUAUACGCACUGGACCGUAUCUGGAAGGACAUAGGGACAUACCGUAACGUGGAUUACGUGGCACCGAACAAAGCCAAGGCGAUUCACAAGCAGACGGAGUAUCUGAGUUACCAAGUUCGGAGCGUAGCGAAGGAACUGGUGGACGCCUUCGACCUUCCGGACCACGUGACCAGAGCCCCCAUCGCCAUGCAAUCCCACGCCUAUUCUCAGUACACUCAGCACGUCGGCUUCUGAUAUAACGCCGUUCUCUCUCUUGCAGUUCGCAUUUAAAUAAAUAACAUAAUAUAUGCACCGAAACCCCUCUUUCUUUCUCUUUUUUAUUUUAUUUUAUAUUUGUUUUUGUUUUUGUUUUUGUGAAACUGCAUUUAUUCGUUCACCGGUCCAAGAAAUGGCCCUUCUACAUUUCUAAUAAAAUCGGGUUUGAAUU